AUGAAACUGCACUACUCUAAAAUAUUAUUGUUUCUUAUUCCAUUAAAUACAUUAGUAACAUCAUCAUCAUAUGUGCAUAAUAAAAAUAAACCAUACAUCACACCACGUCAUACACCAAUAUGUACAUCACGUGUGUUAAGCGAAUGUGACAAACAAUCGUCAAUUUAUGAUAAUGAUGCGGAUAUGAAAUCAGUGAAGGAAAAUUUCGAACGACAAACCACACAACGAUUACGCGAAUAUGAUGAACGUAUGAAAGAUAAACGCAAAAAACGUAAAGAAGAACGUAAUAAAAAUAUACAAAAAAUUAUUGACAAAGAUAAAAUGGAAAAAUCAUUAGCAGAAAAAGUAGAAAUAGGUUGUCUUAGGUGUGGGUGUGGGUUAGGAGGUGUUGCAGCAAGUGUUGGAUUAUUCGGGGGAUUGGGUACCUAUGGAUGGAAAAGCGCUGCUAUUGCAACUGCUACGAAUGCGGCUAUGGCUGAGGCUACUGCUAAGGGCGCUGAGGCAGGUGUGAAAACACUAAUUGAUAAGUUAAAAGAAGCAUUCCCUAUACCGAAUUUAUUUGAUCCUUCAUUUGAAAAAGCCAUUACUACAGAAACCUACUGUAAUGAGGCCUUAAUUUCUGGUGCUGUCAAACAGAAAUAUGAAUUAUUGUGCGCGAAAGGCUCAUCAUGUGAAAACUAUUCGCUGUUUAGCCAUUACAGAAGUGGUGGAGAAGCUGAAGGUGCUCGAGCUUUAGUAGAAGGUGUAAAAAAAAUUGUUGGAGAAGCUAUGGGCAAAGCUUCUGAAGAGACUCUUAAGGCUACUGAAUCUCAAAUGGCAUCUCUUAAAUCUGGUAAACUUGCAGAAAUAUCAGAGACAAGUUAUAGUUCGUACCGUGCAAUUGGUUACUCCGUCCUUGCCAUAUUGAUUAUAGUUUUGGUUAUGAUAAUUAUUUAUUUAGUUUUACGUUAUCGUAGAAAAAAAAAAAAAUGA